AUGAGUUUCAGGGAUGAAAUGAAGUCUGUGCUCCGCCUGAAGGCAUUGGGAACAAGCAAUAAGGAAGCCUCAGAGUGUAUCCAGAGGAUCAGGGGAUCAAUAAGGAAAGUUCCUCGCAUUCCGUCAAUAAUCAAAGCCAAAAAGAGGUACAGUACGUUCAGAGUUUUAACAAAUACUGGCCACGAUCUUCUCAUUCUAGUAAACGAAGAUCUCCUGGGCGAAGAAAGCUCGCUUAUUGAUGUGGAGCUUGAGCUGUGCUACGAAUACUUUACUUACAACGAAGUUCUUAAGAAAGUAUUGCCCAAGGAAGUCCAGACGCCCUCUUCUUUUGAGAUUGUCGGAUCUAUAGUCCAUCUGAAUUUAGAUGAGGAGCAGAUUAAGUAUAAAGAUAUAAUUGGACAAGUUGUGCAUGACAAGACGGGCAGAACAGUGAUAACAAAGAUCGGGCAGAUAUCAAAUGAGUACAGGUCGUUUGAUUUGGAGGUAAUAGGGGGUGAGCCUGUGCUAGAGACUGUUCAUAAGGAGGGCAACGUUCUUUUCUACAUAGAUUACAGAAAUGUAUACUGGUGCUCAAAGCUUCAGAAUGAAAGGCUUGAUCUUGUCCGAAAGCUCAUGGAGGGAGAUGUUCUGUGCGAUCCUUUUUGUGGAGUGGGGCCUGUAUCUCUAGCUGCAUUGAAGAAGGGAUGCAGGGUCUAUUCAAACGACCUGAAUCCGCAUGCAAUUGGUUGCUUGAAAAAGUCCAUGAAGAUCAAUAAGCUUGACUCUAGAAACAUCGAGGUCUUCAACCUUCCUGCAAGCGAGUUCCUUGAGAAAAUGACUGGAAGGAAGAUAGACCAUUUCUUCUUGAACCUUCCCGAGCACAGCUUGGACUAUCUCAGAAAGAUCAGUACUUGGAACGGCGACUCCCGGGUCCAUUGCUAUUUCUUCUGCAGAAGCAAUGAAGAUGUGUACCAGUACAUAUUUUCGAGGAUCGGUCUACAGCUGAGUCCUGGGAUGGUAAAGAUGGUGAGGAAGGUGUCGCCAUCCAAAUGGAUGUACAAGCUCGAGACGUGCUGCACCCUUCUUAGGAGAGGGUUUGGUCUGUGCUGCAAUCUCUGA